AUGGCUGUAAAGGAAUUAAAGGUCGUCCUGUUAUACCUUGUGGCGUUUACUUUUUCUUCGGUAGCUGGAAAAAUUAUUCAUGUCAGCAAGUGCCCCGAGGAAACACAAGCGUAUGGAACUGUUGUUUCUGUCGACAUCACACCGUGUCCGAGCGAACCAUGCGUUUUCAAGAAAGGAAGCGUUGUGAAUGGCACGAUAACAUUCAAAGCCCAAGAGCAAAUUACAAAUGAUAGUUUGAUUAAGGUGUAUGGAAAACUUCCUUCUCUUCCCUGGGUGCCUUUCCCACUGGAUCAACCAAAAGCAUGCACUGGCCAUGGACUUGAAUGUCCGUUGAAGCCCAACGUCGAAUACAAGACAGUCAUUUCGCUCGAGAUAAAGGACGCGUUCCCGAGCACUCAACUGAUAGCGAAAAUGGAGAUGCUCGACCAAAAUGGCAAGUACGUGUUUUGCUUUGAAUUCCCGGCAAGAAUCGCAAGCUCGUCUGAAAUAAUGGUUAGCAAUUAAUUUGAUCGAUUUGACGCUGUCAACUACAAAUGGGACUUUGAACACGACGGGACAAAGUCUUUAAUCAAGAUUGAUCCUGAAGUUAGCAAAAAUGUUUAUACCUUGAUUUCGCUCAAUUUUGAAUAGACUUUGACGACGUCUUAGAAAAUAGAUUUUAAGAAGCUGAUUAUGUUUAAGUACAAAGACACUAAGAAUAACGAAUGUUAUGUAUGCGCGGUAAAGUAUAAUUUUUUACCGAACAAGUUUCGGUUUCCGGACACGCUAACUCUAUUGUCAGUAAUUGCAUGUUAUUUAGUUUGUUGAAAAAAAUAAGCUUCGUAAUGAUCAGUGAAAACUUUCUUUAGAGAGAAAAAUUAAUGUAGUAUACCAUUAAAUCCCUGAAGUUUUUGAUAAAAAUGUAAAUGCAAACUUUUGUGAAACAAUCUUUGCAUUCUUGAUGAGCUUCAAUAUGGACUUAAUCACGCAACAGCGCAGGCGAUAGUUCGGUUUCUCUCUUUAUUCCCAGCCGAAGCGAAUGGAUCGUUCAAACGAUAUUACUUUCUUUAAAAACAUUUUAUGGUAUAACAGCAGAGAUCUCCAUCUUUAUCAAGUAGCUUUCGAAAGCAGAGAUAUUGGUAUAUUUCCGCUUGUAACUCGUGGCGAGAUCGAUUGCGCACGCCCACAGGAUAAACCGGAUCAUAAUCACACCACUAUCGUACCAUCUCUUGAAAUCAACGUGUGUUUUCUGGAUGCUUCAUCACGUGGUAUUUAUGGAAACAAUACAUGAAGGGACACAAAACCUAGACACCUUGCGAAGUAAUAAAAGUAGGUUCGAUUUACACGAGCUUUGCGGCCAACAAGGCUUUCUCGAUAAAAUGUCUCGUCUCGUCACUUUCCUUCAUAAAACUCCUAUUUGCAGGAACGAGAGGAAGGACUUUUUAGGUUACUGCAAUCUCAGUUUCUACGAUCGAGUCCUCAGGAAUCGAGUGAAUAGUUUUUUUCCAUGCUCUGCCGCGUGGCCAUGUCUUUGUGGAUCUCGGUGACGAAGUUCAUUAAAAUUUUCCAUGUGUGCAAAGAUUGCUUCUUAGAAAGCAUUGGGGUACGGGAUCGGAUAGUUUUAGGCUUCAUUCCUCGUGGGGACUCCGAGUUUUUUCUUGUCUCUAGUUUUUUUUUUUGGUCCUACGCCAUGCACGCUCGUGACAAGACUAAAAAAUAUAUUUCGCAAGCCCUAUUCAUGUGGACAUGUACAGUAGAAAAAGCAAGUGAUCGAAAAGUCUACAUUUCGUUUACAUUUGCAGGCUUCUUGAUCCUGAAUAGUCUUGAAUUGUACGAAAUACUAGAGAGCCAAAUAUUUUUCCACUCUGGCGCGCCUUACUAAGACGAUAGGCAUUUUAUGAUACGAUUGCUCGUAUUUCAAUUUCUGUUUCUUGUUCGCUUCCCCUCUCCUGUCUUUUCUUUCUCCUCUCGUCUCGCCGGAGAGGCUCAAUAAACAGUCGCUCUUACAUGACUGAAAACGCUUGAGUUAUAGGAAAAAAGGGAUUUGCGUAGCUGGUAAAUUUCUAGGCGCUUUUCAUCGGCCAAUUAAGCAUGCAACGUUGUGUUACUCACGUGAUUCUUUCAGCAGCGGUAUCAUGCUACUGUAGCAUAACUUACCUUAUUUAUCUGAGAAAUCCAGUCUUAAUUUUUCGAGUUCUUUCAUCGCAAUCUGUUUUAAUCUUAACCAUUCCAAGUCAUUAUUAAUCCCUUUAGAUUUGUUAAAGAGUAUUUCCUACGAACAAAUGUUUUGUAGUCUCUUUCAAAUUCAAGAUAUAAUCGCCUACCGCAUCUAUAAGUGAAAGAUAACAGUGAAAAAAAAAAAAAGAUAACAUCCGGCCCUUAAAUAUACCUGGCAAAUUUCCGACACUUCUUUGGCUUUUCUAGACAUCAAAAUUUCUAUUGAAGGCAACGGCUUAUGCACUAGUGUUUACUACAAACCUACAGAUUCACAUAGUUACUUGUUGUAUUCAUCCUCACAUCCAUCACACGUCAAGAACUCCAUACCUUUUUCACAGUUUCUCAGACUUCGUCGUUUAUGUAGUGACGACUCUGAUUUUUCCGAAAAAUCAGAGGCAAUGUGCCAGUUUUUCGAUAAACGCGGCUAUCCUGUUUCUGUCGUUCAAGCGGGCUACCACCGUGCCCAAAUAAUCGAUCGACAGGCAGCACUACAAACGGCCGAGAAGGAGAACACUGACCGCAUUCCAUUUACUCUUACAUUUCACCCUCACAACCACGCAGUUAAAUCUAUCAUUCUUAAAAAUUUUAAAUUACUCCAAAACGAUUCAGAGACUGGCACUAUCUUUUUGCAACCCCCACUUAUUUCAUUCAAACGCGACAAAAACAUAGGCAACUUUUUAAUCAGGAGUUCAUUUCAAACCUAUGACCAAUCUGGAACUUUUAAAUGCGCUCGCUCACGAUGCAAAACUUGUCCUUUCAUUCACAACGUAGAGAAAAUAUCGGGACCCAAAAGAUCCAUUAAGAUCAUUGAUCACUUUACGUGUACCUCCGCCAAUGUUAUUUACUGCAUAACUUGCACUUAUUGCAAUAAGUUAUACAUCGGCGAAACAGGGAGACGACUGGGUGACCGAUUCCGAGAACACCUUCGCGAUGUGGAAAGAAAUGACAAGGACGCAUCCAAACCAGUCGCUAGACACUUUAAUCUUCCUCAUCAUUCUAAACAGCAUAUGGCAGUUUGCGGCCUUUCCUUACAUCUAGGCAGUUCGGAAAGCCGUAAAACACUAGAACAAAAAUUUAUAUUCCAAAUCGGCACCCUUAAUCCCCACGGAAUCAACGAGCGCUUUUCAUUCAACUAAUUUAUUCCUGUUUUCUCGUCACCACAUUCCCACCAAUGGCGUAGCUCCACUUCCUACAUAUAAAUCCACACACAACCCACAAUUCCUCUAAUCGCUCUGACGAAGGGCUAACGCUCGAAACGUCAGCUUUUUUACCCUUUACGGUGGCUAAUUUACGUUUUCAACCCAGUUGUUAACACUAAAUUACCAAAGAUAACAGUGGUCUAGCACGCAUGCGCCAUUUUGUCCGUCACGCCAUACGGGAUAUGGCUGAGUCAUCUUAUGCUCCUUGUGAGUCAGAAGAUACACAAGAUGUACUAACAGAGGAAAGGCAGUUUGUUCACUAAAAUCGGUAAACAUCUCUCCCUGUCUGAAGGAACCAUGCAAUCUCCACAGAGAUACCACUGUUAACGGCACCAUCACGUUCAACUUCAACAAAAAAAAUCUUUGACGGAGAACUGAGAGUGUAUGCAAUAGUGCACUCUUACAAGGUUCGCCUUAUUUUACCUCAGUCAAAUCCUUAUACCACGCUGUCCCAGGGCCAAAAGUGUCCACUUCAGCCAAGAAUCCAGUACAAGGUCGAAAUUUCCGUUCCGGUUAGGGAUGCUCUUCCUUCGAUUCUGUUUGGCACUUGACACUUCUCAUCAUAAAUGGAAAGGUGGUAUUUUGCUUUGACAUCCAGGUACGAGUCGUUGGAGAUGAGCUGCCGAAAACUGAACAAUAUUUGAGUUUGAAUUAAUUUUGUAUCUGACCGAUGACCGCAUCUUUUAAAGCGUUGAAAACCCUUGAAGAGUCAGAGUGAUCCACACACAAAUGAUUAUAGUAAUAACAAUAAUGACAAGAAAUUGUAGGGCCGUUUUUCCGGGCCAAAAAAAGAGGCCGUAAUAACAAGCUUAGGCGAGUUUCCACUGUAUUUCCUAUUUUUGAUUAAACCUCAGUACCCUUACACAGCCUAAGUUCCUCAGACGACGUGAGGCGCACGCUCAUUGUAAAGUCCAACUUCUCUCGUGAUGUAGCUAACGGUGCAAGCGUCUUAUCAGCGCGAGCUAACGUUAUAAUCCCACGAUCGUUUAUCCGACCGGGCAUGUUUGAUUUGGAGUUAGAGUGGACGGAGAGGGUAGAAAGCGGGGGAAGGGCGUGAUCUUCACUCCCCACCCCCACCCCUCUCCUUGUUUUUUAACCGUUGACCACCCCCCUUGGUACAAAUUUAUUUCUCUUCCCGACCUUCCGCUGCCAUUAAAAUCAAAGAUGGCGGUCAUAAUUUUCGUUAUGAAAUUAUUGAGCAUUCGCCAUGAUAUCCUGAUGACCAUCAGUUACAGUUUCACAAGAAAAAUAUAUUCGGCCAGAAUUGCUGGAUGAGUUUGGAUUUCGUAUUAUUAUUAUUAGUCCUAGAAUUAAACUUCACAAAACCUCCUUGCGGAAAUUAAAGCUUCGAACAAAUUUCAGAAAACGUGAUUGAUCGUGAACAACUAAGUACUUGAAAAUAUUUGCCUGGGAAAAACCGUGCAUGCAUGUUUUGAUCUUGUUCACGUGUAAAUCUUCACCUGUAGAAAUGCUAAGAAAACUACACGACACUGAACUGAAAAUAUACCUCAAUCCUCACUCCUAACAUCAAGUGCUUCUUCUCUUAACCUAUUUCUACAUAUUUUCUGAUAUGAAAGUUUUGAGAAUUUGGUAUUUUAUCCCAGAAUGCUGUUGCUGGGUUGAUCACGUUGAAUGUUUCGUCGCACUCGGUUGGACAGCGUGGAGGUUGAUCUUCUGAUUUGCCUACAUCUCAUGACCAACGCAAGUUCGAUGAUGAGAACUUUGAGUCAUGAGCAAGAGUAAUCCUAGCAUAGGAACCUUUGCAGUGAUCAGUGGAGGUAAAAUUCUAUCGAGCUGCUGCAGUUGAAAGUCAGUUAUUUUUACUUGAGAAUGGCUGUAAAGAUAACUAGCAUUUUUCUGGUCUGCAUCCUCGCCACCUUGAGCACUUUGGCAGUUGGCAAGAAACUCUCGUUCAAAAAAUGUGGAGGGUACUCGGAUAUCGAAUCUGUGGAUAUCCCUUCCUGUUCAUCGGAUCCGUGCGUUUUAGAAAUCGGUUCAACUAUCAAUGCCUCCAUGUCCUUCACUCCUAGUGAAAUGGUAGAAAAAGGAACGAUAAAAGUGUUCGUGUUGGCUUUUGGGUUGCGUGUGCCUUUUCCGUACCCCGACAAUGAUGUAUGCAAAAAUCACGGGCUGGUGUGUCCACUGAAAUCAGAGCAGCAGUACGACGCAAAAAUGUCCCUGUAUCUAAAGAACAUCUUUCCACACUUUCACUUGAAAAAAGCAAAAGCAGAAAUUAUGGCAAAAGACCAAAGCCUCAAAACGAUUUUUUGCUUCCAAAUAGAUGUCAUAUUCAAGUACAAAUGAAUUCGUUCAUCUUUUCUAUGAACGAGUGUGAACUGGCGACGCUUGACGAAAAUAUUCAGUUUGAUCCUUAAAUAUUGUAACAACAAACAGUGCACAAAUUAUAUACCCGGAUUGCUGAUCAGAGAGGAGAACAUUAGAUUACUCAAUCAGAUAUUUAGCUUUCCUGCAGGAAUUCCUCGCGAUUACAACAUGAGAUGUGAAAAAUGCUACUGUAUUUUUUAAAUUUUGCUUUCCCUUUUAUAUAUUGUGCUCGUCUGCUUGAUUUUUAUGCUGUUGAUGAUCUUUGCAUUAAAUAAAUUUAUUCAAACUAUCAUUGUUAGUGUAUUUUUGGGGCUGGAAACAUUUAAUCAGUUUUGGCAUAUUUCAAUCUUUCUUUCCUGGUUUCGCUUUACAUGACAAAAUUUUCGCCAAAAAGCGUCGUCAAAAAAAAAAAACGCAAAACACAAAAAGCGAACAGAUUGCUGAGGAACAGAAGCAAAAACCGGUUGAUCAAAAACAGGGGAAAAUUCACCAGUGGGAAGGUGACUUUACAUCCCACCCUUAUCACGUGCGGUUGACCCUUUAGCUCCCAAGAUCUGAUCGUAGAUUCCCCCCUCUAGCUCCUGCAAAUAAUUUCCUUGAAAAUAAGUGACAUGACAAGAAUUUGAUGUUAGACCAAGAAAACAACUUUUGCCUGAGAAGUUUGAGUAUUCUCAUUACCUGUUUGGUGGAUUAUGUAUGGAUAUUACAGGGAGAAGUUACAUGUUAAUCACUUCUGGGAGUUAAAGAGUUAAAGCUGGUCACGGUUUCUCCCUGAAAUAUCACGCAAUACCCAGCCAGUAUGUACCCACCCCCGGUAAGGAACUGUUCGAUGAUUAUUUCCCACAACGCCCUGCGCACUAACCAAAACAUGGAGGACGAAGCUGAGCUAGAGGAAUGCGGAGGCGAUGAAGAUAAUUUGCUCUCAGAAAGCCUCGAUUUUCAGAGCUCAACAAUCGGCAGUAAAGGGGGAAGCAAAUGGAAACUUCUUGUGUAUCUUCAAUGUUGUAAGUUUAAUUUCAAGCAAACUGCUUUUCGGUACGAAGUUACAAACUUUUUAACAUAGUUGCAACAACGUACCUAAAUUACUCUACUAAAUUAAUAAUGAGCUUGCGGACUUCCCUUAUUUCGGCUGCGACUGCUUCGUCUACUUAUUGCCCGAGAUUAACUGGUUUUUCCUAAAAUAAAAUAAUUGUUAAAACUUCACUCCAUUCGUUCUCUUGGUGUUACGUUUUAGAUUUUUCAACCAUUGCAGCCGUUUUGGGGACUGGUAUUAUAGGUGAGUGGCUCUAACCCUUUUGCUCCCAAGAUAUCAAAGGUAAACUUCUUACUGUCUGCUGCAAAAUUAUUGUGAUGUUAGACUUGAAAAUUUGGUCUUGGAUCAACUUAUGUAAUCCCCUAAUUGAUAUUUUUCUUAAUUCUCAUCACUUGUCUUGAUUGCUUGAUAUUAUUUUGAUAUUGUAAGGAGAAAUCCUGUCUUGGUCACUCAUUGGAGCUUAGGAUGAUUUUUUGAUUGCUAUUUUGAAAAUAACUUGUCUUGAGAUAGACUGCAGUGUUGUUCAAACAGGAGGCCCAUGUCUGAACAGAAAGAAGUAUUUUGAUGGGUCUUUAUAUUUGUGAAUAUGCUUUAAGGCUCCUCAAGGCACUACCGGUACACAGUGAUAGGAUAAACAUCGACAAAAUUAUCAUCUGCUGCAAAAUAGAGUGAUUUAUUAUAUCCAUUUUAAAAUCACUGGUUAUUCUUGUAAUCUGAUUGACUCUCAUUGGUGCAAUUUAUUCAUAA